AUUUUUUUUAUCAAAAUUUUUUUUUGAAAUUAUAAAAAAAAAUGAUUUGAUUUUGAAAUUUUUGAAAAAAUAGCGAGUGAAGGAGACAGAUCUUCUCCUUUUUGUAUUGAAUUUCUAUUUCGAAUUCUUGAAUUGAGGUUCAGUUCAAUGAAAUCAGAGUAAAAAAAAAGUCUUUUUAAAAAAUGAAGCACUCUUCAGUUACUUGUUUCACUAAUUAUUUUAUAAAUUAUUAUUUAUAGAUAAUGAUGUCGGUAGACGAAACUAAAUUGAUUGAAAUUGAUCAAGGAUCAGAUAUCCUUCGUCGUGAUGGCGCGAGUAAUCAUGAUAAUAAUAACAUAGAUCAUUUUGAUGGCGAUUACAACGAAUUCUUCAACAAUCAUCUUUUAUCAAACACACCUUGUAUAAUUCGUAAUUCUACAAAACGAUGGAAGUGCUCGUCAUUAUGGGUUAAAAAUUGUAAACCCGACAUUGAUUACUUGAAUUCGAAAUAUGGAGAAGCAGAAGUUCCUGUGGCUAACUGCAAUGAAAAAUAUUUCAAUGCCCAGUCUAAAUGUUGUAUGAAGUUCAGUCAAUUUGCUGACUAUUGGAAAAAAUUCAUUGAAAAUGGUUACCCAUCUUCGGAGCCGUGCCUUUAUUUAAAAGAUUGGCAUUUCACUAGAGAUUACCCUGAUGAAAAUGUCUACACUGUGCCUUCAAAAUUCAGUAAUGAUUGGCUGAACGAAUAUUAUACCGCUAAUCCAGAACUGAAAGAUGAUUAUAGAUUUGUGUACAUUGGUCCCAAACACUCUUGGACACCUUUCCAUGCUGAUGUUUUCACCUCGUACAGUUGGUCAGUAAAUGUAUGCGGUGAAAAAAAAUGGAUUCUGUUGCCUCCUGGGGAGGAGCAAAAAAUGAAAGAUAAAACGGGAGAGUUACCUUAUAGCAUAUGCGAAAAAGACUGUGAUAAUUUAGGAGUUACAUAUCUGAUUGUUUUUCAAAAAGCUGGCGAUGCUUUAUUCGUACCUUCCGGUUGGCACCAUCAAGUUUGGAAUUUGAUGGAUACCAUUUCUAUAAAUCAUAAUUGGAUAAACGGAUGUAAUAUCGAUAAAAUGUGGUUAUCAAUGAAGCGCAACCUAGACGAUGUCCAAAAAGAAAUCUCUUGUUUUAAAGACACCAUGGACAACUGGCACAGCCAUUGUCAGCUGAUUCUUAAAUCGUGUUUUGGAAUGGAUUUUGAGGAUUUUUAUAAGUUGAUUAUGUUUAUUUUAAAAUGUAGGAAAUCAUGCGUUGAUAGAAAAACGCCACUCAAUGUUUACGGAGGCUGGGUUAUUGGUCCAAAUCAUUUAAAUUAUGAUUAUCUUCAAGUUAGAGAAUUGAUGGAAAGUUUCCUCAAUGAAGAAAACGUAAAAUCAUUAUUAAAAGAGAAAACCAUUAAAGAUUCAUUUAUUUUUUUAUAAUUAAAUAUUUCACGAUUGUUCA